AUGUCGGGAGGAGGACCAUCUCGCUCCGCCGGUAAACGCCCCUUUCAAGAAGACGAUGACAAUUCCGAUCAAAAUCAACCAGAAAAGAGGGUUAUGUUUCCAAAGAAAAAGAAAGGGAAGCAAGUAGAUAUAGUAGUGGAGCAAGUAAUUGUUGAGGAGAAUGUGAAUGAUUUGUCGAACCCCCGUGUUGCUGCCAAAGAGCGAGUGAAACGCAGGAGGCAAAUUACUGCUGAGCUCCUGAGUGAGGAGGAUGGAGGUAUCGCUGAAGUGACUUAUGAGGAUAAUGAGGAUUUUGUUGAUGAUGGGAUUCAAAUUGAGCCUUUCAACCUAGCUAAAGAAAGGGAAGAAGGUUAUUUUGACGCAUCCGGGAAUUUUGUUGAAUAUGUAAGAGAUAAUGAGAUUAAGGAUGCAUGGCUUGACAAUGUUGAGGUUGAUCCUAGAUAUGCUGAAUUAAGCUCUGCAACAAAAAAUGAUGAAGAGGAGGAGGUCCAAGAACUUUCUUCUAAAGAUGUGGCAAUCAUGAAGAGGCGCAUUGCAAAUGUUCUUGAAUCAGAGGAAACAGUCUUGCAAGGUUUGAGAAGGUUAAAAGGCAGCGGUGAUAGAAAGACAAAAAUGUCCGGUGAGACUAAGAUUGUGUUUGACCAGCUAACUGAGGAUGCUAUGAAGCUUAUGGAGAAUGGCGAAUUCAAUGUUUAUCAUGAAAAUAAAGAGGUUUUUGAGCGCGAAGCAGAGGGAUAUGAGAAAUUAGCCAGGGCAAGAGGAGAAGGCACAUCCACGGACACUCCAAAUCCACCUUUGGCUAGUGCUGAUGAUUUUGAUAUGUUUGCUGAUGAUGAUGAGCUUGCUGCCACUGAACCAUCUACUCUUGAAAAUAAUGCAGUUAGUGAACCACCAUCAGACGCCGUUAAUUCUGAUACAGAGGGCGGAGCUUUGCAGAGCGAUUAUGUGUAUGACGAAUCUUCUGGGUAUUAUUACAGCAGCAGUUUGGGCUAUUAUUAUGACCCAAAUACAGGGCUUUAUUGCUCUGCAGAAUCAGGGACAUGGUACUCAUUUAAUGAGGAGACUGGCAGCUAUGAUGAAGUUAACCAGGUUGCCACGAAUUCGAGUUGA